UAAGCCAGUUGACAUAGUGGUAAUUGACAAAACUGAUUCUUUGGUUUGCUAAGGAUGGGCAUGAUUUUUUAAAUUGUGUUCUUACGAAGAGAAAAAUAUGUGUGUGAAAAAUGAGAACAGAUAUUCCUACGACUGGCCAAUGAGAGCUCAGUGUUCCAUAAUGAUAGGGUAACACGGACGGCACACGCCUGAACCCACAGUUACAUAUCAGAUCUCGAAGUGGAAGGACGUUAGAUUUUCCCUCAAGUAUGUUCGGUGGUGGCAGUUAUUGUGUGACGCCACAGAAAGGAAAACUAAUGGACAAAUCAACUUCAAAAUUAAUCAGAGACGUGAAAAGAAGAUCAUUUAGAAUAUCUAGAACUCCAAAAAUCAGUGAAAAUAGGAUCAGCCAUGAACGAAAAAUAGAGACAAGUUUGAUCAAAGAUGAAAAACAAAAGUUUCAAUCCAAACCAGUUUAUGAGCUUGGUUCUCUUCUCUCGGUUUCUCCAUUCCGAACCCCGAAACGAAAACAGUCCUUUCCUAUCGGAGAAUAUCGGAAGAUUGAUUCUCCGUUUCACCUUUCCGCCGAGCUUGAAAACCAAGAAAAUAUCAGUCCUAACUCUACCCUGGGUUCGGUCAGAGGAGAGAAGAGGAAACGAAUUUUUACUCCGUUCCGUCAAAACAGUACUCUCCGCCGUUCCUGUUCCAAAGAGCAGAGACGAACAAGUUCCAGGGAACAGAAACAGAUGAUUUACGGAGAAGGACGUCCCAUCCCUAUCCGCCAGGGGUUCUUGUACAAGAAAACAUCCAGUGGUUUAGGACGGGAAUGGAAGGAGAGAUAUGUGUUGCUAAGUGAGACGGGAAAUCUGAUCUACUACCCGAACCUCAACUCCUAUCUCCAGGACGUGAACAGAAAGGAGAUUAAGCUGGAGUGUGUCACAGUUCGAGUUCCAGGACAGAAACCGACAGGUUUAGGUUCAACUUCAACCCUCUCCACCCCCUCCUGUCAAUACAGUAGAUAUACUCCGGGUAGUCUCCAACCCUGCUGUAGAUCUCAUCAACCUGAGCAAUGUAACUGUGCUCAACAAAGUUCGAAUAACGUCUCUAAACCUUCUCCAAUUUAUCCUUCCAACCAACCAACCUCAAAAUUUACUCAGGUAUUAUCUACACCCCAGAAAACUCACCUCCCUGAUACCUCUCCAACUACUGCUAGAAAUACCAUGAAAGAUGUUGAUCCGUUCUUCUUCCCCAACAGAUCUUUUAAAGACGGAUUCAGCUCCGGUACCUCUGAACCACUAAGAGAAGAAACGGAACCGUCCGACCAAGUUUACGAGUUUCAGGUUAUAUCAGGGAAAGGAAUGGUUUGGACGUUUGGUUCUGUUAAUCAGGAGGAGAGAUAUCAAUGGAUUCAGGCUUUGGAGACACAUAUCCGAGUCCAGCUAGAAGGAGAAGGAGGAGAACUUGUUCAUCUCCUUCAACAGAUUCAAGGAAACCAGAGAUGUGCGGAUUGCAGUACACUUAAUCCUACCUGGGUCUCACUUACAUACGGAAUUCUUAUUUGUAUAGAAUGCUCCGGAGUCCACCGAAAUCUUGGAUCCCAUAUUUCCCGAGUUCGAUCCCUAAACCUGGAUUCCUUGACUCCUCAAGCUAUAACUGCUCUUCAGCUCAUUGGGAACUCUUUAUCUAACAGGGUGUAUGAGAGAAUAUUAUGUGAAUCUACUAAGCCUGAACCCUUCUCCUUAAGAUCAAGCAAAGAAUCCUUCAUCAAGGCCAAGUACUGUGAUAGAGCUUUUGUAAGAGAAUCAGCUAUAAAUUCCACAAUACCUUCAGGAAUAAAAGCUUCUACUCCAGAAUCAGUUCCAGUUUCAUCAUCUUCAGUGGAAACAACAUCAGUAGAGUCAGUGGAAUUUAGAGCAAAUCCAAAAUUUGAAUAUUUUUCAUUUGACUCUGAACUAUUUUCCUUUCUCCAAUCAUCAAAUACCUUUUCCCAGCAUAGAACAUUCUCCUUCGCAAAUGUACCUUUAUCCUUUCAAACUUGGUUAGCAAGUGAUUUGUCAGAAUACUCUUAUAAUGAGUCAGCUUUAUCUCCAUCUUCUUUAGCUUCGUCAGCUUCAUCAGUUUCCUCUCCUUCUUCUUCACCUACGUCAGCUUCCUCUGCUUCCUACGCUUUGUCAGCUUCAUCAACUUUGUUAGCCUCUGCAGCUUCUUCAACAACUUCAUCUAUAUCAGCUUCCUCUCCAUCUUCUUCACCUAGGUCAAUUUCGUCAGCUUCAUCAUCUUCAUCAGCUUCGUUAGCCUCUUCAGCUUAUUUAACAACGUCAGCUUUGUUGCCACCAAAGUCAGCAGCUUUAAACUUUGGAGAAUUGUCAGUUUUAGCAAUUGUACAAUCAUUAUCAGAACCAUCUAAAUCAGUUUCAUUAUCAUCUGUGUCAGAAUCUCCUGUAAAUGGAUCAAAAUUGUCCCAAGCUGUUUCAAGAAACUCUAACACUAGCUGUCGUAUUCGUUUGCAGCAAAUAUAUAACAGAAACAGCAUAGAAGACCUUGUUCGUCUAGUCGCAACAUAUGGAAGUAUAGAUAGAAAUAUAAUAGACGAAUUUUCUCAGAAAUAUCCCAAGACCAACAUUACUAAUAUACUUCAAGUGAUGUUUCCCAAGUCCGGAGAAGCUGUUGAUCCUGAACCCUAACCACCCCCCCCCCUCAACCCUCCACCCCUCCACCCUUUUAGUGCUGGCCUAUAUACCGGAGCUACACAAACCCAAAUAGGAGCAUGUGCUCAUUCAACCCGGAGAUUUUCCUAUCCAAACCCGGAGUUUAAAAUCAACCAAAUCCGGAGGAUUUCCUAUCCAAUCCCGGAGUAUAAAAUCAUCCAAACCCGGAGCAUGCACCUGAGCUAUAUAAAACCAACCUCGGACCAUGUACUAAUCCAACCUGAGCUCUAUAAAACCAACCCUGGAGCAUGUACUAAUCCAACUUGGAGCUAUAGCCAUCCAGACCCGAAACAUAUACUCCUCCAACCCAGAGCAAAUUCUAACUAAAUCCGGAGCAAAACAAACCCUGGAGCUUUACUAAACCUGAAUCAUAUAUUAAUUCUUUACCCAACCAAGCCAGAAGCUAAAUCCAACCAACCCUUGGAAUUCUCCAUACCUCUAAAUUAGAGCAAACAUAACCUAAAUCACUUUGAACGAAACCAGUUGUUAACCAAAAACAUUAAUUGUAAAAAUAAAAUUUUGUUGCAAA